AUGCAUUCUCCUUGUGAACCUCAACUUCUGCCCCCGGCGACCAGCGCGACGCGAGGACAGGUCUCCCCCGGCGACCAGCACGACGCGAAGACGGUGACCGGCUCGUGCCGGGUCAUCCCCGGCGACCAGCGCGACGCAAUGACAGGUCGCCCCCGGCGACCGGCUCGUGCCGGGUCACCCCCGGCGACCGGCUCGUGCCGGGUCACCCCCGGCGACCGGCUCGUGCCGGGUCAACCCCGGCGACCGGCUCGUGCCGGGUCACCCCCGGCGACCGGCUCGUGCCGGGUCACCCCCGGCGACCAGCGCGACGCAAUGACAGGUCGCCCCCGGCGACCGGCUCAUGCAUUCCCAGGUCGCCCCGCGGCGACCAGCUUGGCGCGAGCCCGGCUCGCCGUAUCACUUCCGGUCAAUUCUCUUCCGACUCUCCUAGCAUCGAAUCCAAUCGGAUUUACGGAUAAGUUCGACGAUAAAGGAUCAUCCGGGGAACCGGUUCUAACCGGUUACGAGCAACGGGAAUGA